AUGGCAAAAGUGAAAGAAGCACGGAAUCGGACACUCAAGGCCACCCACACCGAUGUCGCCGAAUGCGAUGAGUCCCUAAAGAUGCGUGUUCUUCCCUCGAAGGCGAGCCUUGGCUCGGAGCUGCUCGCCGACGAGGAGAACACGCAGAGGAGCUUUGCAGACUUGGACCUGUGUGAGGAGCUUUGCGAGGCCUGUACGGAGGCGGAAUGGAAGUACCCAACUCGUAUUCAAACCGCGGUGAUCCCUGUCGUAGCGGAAGGGCGCGAUAUCAUCGGCAUGGCCCAAACCGGCAGUGGGAAGACCGGUGCAUACGUCCUGCCUCUUGUGCAGUGGUUGCUCACGCAGCAGAAAGUGCCUUAUCUUUCAGUUUUAGUGAUGGUUCCCACCCGUGAGCUUGCCCAGCAGGUUACCUCACAGUUUCUUAUGCUGGGCAAAAGCGUGGGCCUGAGGGUUUCGACGUUGGUGGGUGGUGCGGACAUGGUGGACCAAGCCUGUGAGCUCAGUAAACGGCCUCACGUCAUUGUUGGGACUCCAGGUCGUGUGAAGGACCACCUAAGCAACACGAAAGGGUUCAAGUUAGUCAAGCUCCACGCUCUCGUCCUGGAUGAAGCGGAUAAGAUGCUUGACAUGGACUAUGAAAAGGAGAUCGAUGCGAUUUUGGAGUAUUUGCCUAUUGAACGUCAAAGUUUGCUUUUCUCAGCCACGUUGAGCACCAAGAUUGACAGACUUCAAAAGGCUUCUUUGCGCGAUCCGGUAUUGGUCCAAGUGCAUCGAAAAAACACAACAGUCGAAACCCUCAAGCAGUACUACAUUUUUGUUCCCUUUACCCAAAUGCUUCCCUAUCUUCACAUAUACCUUACCAAGGAAACGGGAAAUCACAUCUUGGUCUUUUGUCGAAGUGCGGCUUUGGUGCAUAAAAUUACCCUGACCUUGCGUAUUCUUGGCCACCGCUCUCUGCCCUUAAUGGGCCGCAUGAACCAAACCAACCGCAACAUCGCCCUUUCAAAGUUUAAAGAGGGAAAGGUGCGAAUUUUAGUGUGUACUGACGUCGCCCAACGUGGUUUAGAUAUCCCAAACACGGAUAUUGUGAUUAAUUACUCACUUCCUGAUCGCGUCGAGGAUUACAUUCAUCGUGUGGGCCGUACCGCCCGUGCCGGUGCCGAAGGAAAGGCGGUAAACUUGAUGAGCCAAUACGACAUUGUACUACUGCAAAAGAUUGAGCAGCAGACAGGUGUGAAAUGUGUGGAAUAUACCAUAAAUGAGGCCGUGGUGCAUGGCGCCCUGCAGCGCGUCGAAGAGGCCGAACAGGAGGCGGUGCGCCAGAUGCGGGAUGAGACCAGCGAGGAAAAGCUUGCGAAGGAGUCGAAUCACAUUACAAACGUGCGAAUCGCAAAACGAGAGCGAGGGGAUGACGACAUGGGGUACGAUGAUACCAAACAUGGGAAGUCAGACUUUGGGACGUUGCGCUACCGGCGAGAUAACGAGACGGUUUUCGAGAUAACAAAGAAGGAUCAACACAAGUCUCUUUGGGCAAAGCGACGGGAAGCAAAAAAGGCCAGCAAGAAGUGA